AUGAAUAAUAAAAAAAAUUAUAAAGAUAAUGGAGAAAAUGAAAAUAAUUUUUGGUCUAUUUUUAGAAAUUGUUUUAUUAGAAAUUUAAUAUUUAAAAAUAUUAAAAUAAUUGAACCAAUGAAAUUUGGAGUUUUUCAAUAUAAUCAAAUUAUUGAAGUUGAAUGGUUAUUAAAUUUUAAUUAUCAAUACCUUUUAUGGUGGAAAGUGAUUGAAGGUAGUUAUUUAGUAUUUAAAGGAUCAAUUUUAAAAGAAAUUAAAAAAAAAUGUUUAUUUGAUUAUUUUAAAAAUGAUAAAAUAUUUUAUUCAAAAUUAUUAUUAAAUUAUCCAAAUUAUUUUAAACCAACUGAAAAGAAUUCAUCAUUUUUGGAAAAGAUUGCAAUUGAAUUUGAUAAUGUUGCAUUGAUACAAGUAUUGGUUGAAGAGUAUAAUCAUCAAUUUAAUUAUAGUAUAAUUGAAAGUUCAAUUGAAAUUGGGUCAUAUCAAGUUGCAGCUUAUUUAUUAUCAUUAAAAGAGAAUGAAAUCCGGUCAUAUAAACUUAGUAAUUUAUUUACAAAAAUAAUUUUAAAUCCGUUAGAUGAAGAUUUAAGUAAAUCAUUGGAUUUCUUUAUUAAUAAAUUAAAAAUUCAACAAAACAAUCCACUUUUAUUAUCAUGUGGUAGAUUAUUUAGUUUUCAAAUUUAUAGACAACCUUUAAAAUUAAUAUUGGAUUGUUGUUAUUCAAUAAUUUAUUUAAAAUCAUAUAUUCAAGAAUAUAUUAAUGAUUUUCAAACAAAUAUUGAAAAUGUAACAUUAAUUAGAAAUGAAUUAAAAGGUGAAAAUUCAAUUAUGGUUGAACAAUUAUUAAAUGAAAAAUAUAUAUUAUUAUCAGUUGAAGAAUUGGAUGAAAUUAAAUGUAAACUUUGUUUUAAUGAUGAUGAUGAAAAUAAUUUAAAAUUAGAAAUUUAUAAAUUCCCAUCAUCAAAUGAUAUGAUUAGAAAAUUAUAUAAUAUGUUAAUUAUUUUUAAUAGAAAAAAAGGUGAAAAAUGUAUGUUUGAAAGUUUUUUAUUUUAUAAAUCUAAAUACUUUCAUCAUCAAUCCUUGUCAUCAACAGGACUAUCUUUUAUUUCACCAAAUUUAUCACCAUUAUUAUUUAAAUCUUAUAGAUUUGGUAUUUUUAAAAAGGAAGAUUUAAUAUUAAAAAAUGGUGAAGUAUCAUGUUUCAAUCAUAAAUGUUCAAAGAAUGUCCAAUUUAAAAUAUUUGAAUAUUGUCCACAAGAAGAAGAAAAACAAUUAGAUUUCUUGAAAGCAGUUUGUGAAUAUUCAAAAAAUGAAAUAACUGAUAAAUAUCAAAAAUAUUUAAUAAAUACUCAAACUAUACUUUAUUGUAUAAAUAUUGAUAAUUUCAAUUAUUUACAAUUAGUUGUUGAUUUAUUAAUUGGUAAAGGUAGUUGUGGUAACCUAUAUAAAUUUUUCAAUGUAUUUGAUGUUAAUAAAAUUUCAAUUAAAAUCCAGUCACCAAAAGUAUUUGAUUUAUUGUUUAAGAAAUUCCCAAUAAAACAAAGGAUAAAUGAUAAAAAUGAAAUCAUUACAGUGGAUUUACAAAUUCAACAAUUGUUUCAUAAAUUUUUAAAAUAUCAACCACAUUUAGCAUUUCAUUUUAAAAAUAGUUAUCCAAAGGAAUAUCAAAUGUGUAUUAGUACAUCAUUGGUUAAUUUAUCUUUUAUUAUCUAUGGUAUUGAUACCGUGAAAUUAUUAAAUUCUUCAAAAUUCAUUUUUUCAAAUUGGAAUGAUUUCACAGAUUAUCAUACCGAUAGACAAACCGAUACGAUAAUACAAGACAUUUGGAAUAAUUUACCAGUGGAUUUAUCAAUUGAUGAUUUCAUAUGGUUGGUUGAAAAUACUCAUAAAAAUUCAAGAAAUUCUUUUAAAUUUUCAUAUUCCACACCAUCAAAUAUUUUAAAAAUAAAUCAAUUGAAACAAAUUCAUUAUUUAUUAAAUAAUAGACCUGAUUAUAUUAAUAAUAAUAGAUAUAAAUCCGAGAUUGUUGAUGUCUUAAUUUGUAUUUAUCAAUAUGGUAAUGGUGAUUGCAAUGUUGUUGAAUAUAUUUUGAAUAAGAAAUUAAUAAUUGAUCAAUUAAUUAAAAAACAUGGAUUAAAUUUAGUGGUUUAUUCCUUACUAGAUUAUAUUAUUAAAAGAGGUGAAAUUGAAAUUGUUUCACAUUUAUUAUCACACUUGUUUAUACCAGGUUCGAGAAUGACUUCAAUCUCUCAAGGUAUUAUAUCAGAGAUUAGAAAAUUCUUUUUAGUUUCAGUUUAUAAUGGAAAUUUAGAAAUUUUAAAAUAUUUAACUAAAAAUUUCAUUUGGGUUUAUACUGAUUGUGAAAAAGAAUUAUUCCAAUUAUUUGUUAUAGCUAUUGAUAAUACAAAUUUGGAAAUCGUUGAUUUUAUGUUAAAUCAAUUUAAAGAUUUAAUUUGUAAUGCAAUUAAAAAUGGUUUUACAAUUCCAAAUAAUGUUUAUAUUAAAAAUAAUGUUGUUUAUAAUAAUUCAUUUUUAUUAAAAGAAUUUAAAAUUAAUUUUUUAAUUGAUUUUAUUAAAUAA